AUCUGCAAAAUCGAACUAAGUAUGCCAAACUGUUUCUGAAUCAUGCCUUUACUUGGGGCAACAAAAACAUCCGCGGAGGUAUCUCAAAAUUCUACUAGAUGGCGCGAGUGCCUUUGUGGUUAUUGGCGGUUUUUCCAUGCGCUUUGGGCCGACAACGCUUCAUUGGACAGUAGUGCCCCCGCGCCCGCGAGUGUUUGACGUACGUUGGAGCUACAGCCACACAAAGAGAGCAAUGGGUUCCCGAAGUAAAAAAAUUCUUUCUAUGGUUCCCAUUCCCGACAAUAAUUUAAAGAAAAACAAUACAUUCGUUGAAAACUGGUUAGCGAACUGUCAUCCGGAAGAUCAGGACAAUGAUCAUGAUUCCAAGUUAGAAUCCUCUCGUUUUUCCGUAAAUAAUAUCACCAGUACUUCCUGCGAAGCAAAAAAUGAACUGUCAGCUACUGACAGGAGCACAGUAUGUGAUAAUGCCGUGGAUACAGUAAUUCAAGAAGUAAAUGCUGAUUUAAUUUUACUAAAUACCGUAACAGAGAAUGUCACAUCGAAAGAUAUUGAAAACGCAGUCAUUACUACAGAUAGCAAAACAUUUAACCUUUCUGAUGAUGAAGAAAUAGUUUCAUCCAAUGUUGUUAUCGCAGAUGUAGUGCCAGAAACCACAUUAGCAAAAAGUAUGCUAAGGCCAGAUACUGUCUCGAAUGAAAUGAACUCAGAUAACAAUGAAGAUUUUUCCGCAAGUGAUGGAUCUGAAUAUGAACCACCGCAAAAAAGGCACAAAAAAAAGUUUUUCAGCCAAUUCGUAGAACAUCCAGUUCUAGCAGUGAUUCCUCUACCUCUAGCAGUGGUUCUUCCAGCUCAAGUACCGGAUCAUCUAGCUCUGGCAGUCGUUCCAAGCACUCUAAAUCUACAUCUCGCUCCAAACAUCCUUCUAAUGUGUCAAUUGUACAUCAUAAUGCAGCUUCUGAGAAUAUUCAACCAAGCAUUGAACAAGCAAGUAUUGUAACAAAGGCUAAAAAAAGAACCAGAAACCCAAGUCAGUGGCAAAAGAACCAGAGAAAGCAAUUAAAAAACACUGGUCAAGCAUACACAUCAUCUAGAGGUAACUAGUAAUAAGUGGUAUUACUAAUAAUGAAAUAUCUUUUUAAUUUUUAUUCUAUUAUAUAGAAUCUUAGUCCUUCCGACAACACAGACAGAUGUGUUGCUGGUGAGUUUGUUCUUCGCCUAUUCUUUUCAUCAGCUAUAACACCUAGGAACUGGCGAAAGGGGGCGCUUUGGUGGCUGUCUAAUGUAAUUAUUGACUUUCAAAAAGUGCUGAUCUUCAGCCUAGUUUGAAUAAACGUAUUUUCUUUCUUUCUUUUUUCAGGUAAAUCCAUGCCGCAAAAAAGUAUUCGACCACCUUGUACGAGUACCUGCCGAUUGUCUUGUUCAAAUAAGUUCACCACAGAAGAUAGGGAUGUAAUAUUUAAGACAUACUGGGGCCUUAAUUCUUUUCAAAGACAGCGUGACUUCCUUGCUUCUUGUGUAAAGCAAGUUGAACCUGAAUUCCGUACCAUCAAGAUUCGAAAAGGUGGCGACGUGAAUAGAAAAUGUAGAAAACCAAACACAUCGUACUUUCUAGUAAAUAGAGGUAGUGAAAUAAGGGUUUGUAAAACGUUCCUAUUGAAUACAUUGGCUAUAAGUAAUAAACCACUACGCACUGUAACUGAAAAUAAAUUUGCAAGCACAAGUGUAAUUCCAACGGAUAAACGCGGUAAGCACGGAAAACAGUCAAAGUUGGAUGCUGAAACAAUACAAUCUGUACGUGACCACAUUAAUUCAAUUCCUAGAAUGGAAAGCCAUUACAUCAGAGCUAAUUCAUCAAGAGAGUAUAUAGAUGGAGGUUUGACUGUAGCCGAACUUCACCGUAACUAUAGUCAAAAACGUAUAGCUGACAACAAGGCACCAGCAAAUUACGACGCAUACCAUCGGAUUUUCAAUACCGAAUUUAAUAUCAGCUUUUUUAUUCCGCGUAAAGACCAAUGUGACGUGUGUGAGGCCUUUAAGAAUGCUGUAGAUAAAGAACCGUUGAUGUCCAGCUAUAAACUACAUCAAGAGGAAAAGAGUCUUAGUAGAAUAGAAAAAAAACAAGAUAUAGACGAGUGUAAAAAGCCUGAUAGCAAUAGCAUUGUGGCUAUAUUUGAUCUUCAAGCCGUAUUGCCUUGUCCUAUAGGUCAAUCGUCGGCAUUUUUUUAUAAAAGUAAACUUAAUUGCUAUAAUUUCACAGUAUCAGAUAUUAAGAUUAAUAAAACAUUCUGCUUCUUUUGGCAUGAGGGUCUGGGUAAACGAGGAGCCAAUGAAAUAGGUUCUUGUUUGUACAAUUUUUUAAAAGAAUGUUCUUCGACUAAACCAAAUUCAGACAUAACUUUUUUCUCGGAUAACUGUUGUGGCCAACAAAAAAACAAAUUUAUUCUUAGUUUGUAUUAUUAUGCCGUUUCAACCUUGCCAAUUAAAUCCAUUACACACAAGUUUCUAAUUCGUGGACACACGCAGAACGAAGCUGAUAGCGUCCACUCUGUAAUAGAGAAAAAUAUUCGUCGAGCAAAAAAAUCAGGGCCAAUUUACACCCCAGAUCAAUAUGUGGCUCUAAUUCGUAAUGCUAAAAAAACCGGUAACAGUUUUACUGUUAAUGAAAUGAGUUUUGAUAGUUUCUACGAUUUAAAGUUACUUUCUAACGAUAUUAACUUGAACACGGGCAAGAAUAUUGACGGCGAAACAAUCAGGAUUUCUGAUGUCAAAGUCGUGAAAUUCAUUAAAGAUUCUGAUAACUAUUUGUACAAAACCACGUAUAAAAGUGAACGUUGGAAAGAAGCUAAAAUUAAAAUUAGUCGUGCAGGCAAAAAAAAUAUCUCAGAUAUUCAAUUGUGUGCGGCAUACAGCUCUAAGUUACCAAUUGCGAACAAUAAAAAGCAAGAUAUUCAACAACUAAUAACUGCUAAUAUAGUUCCAAAAUAUUAUGAAAACACAUUUAAUAGUUUAUUUGAAUAAUAACAUCUUUUUGAUAUUUAUAUUAUAAUAAAAAAUAUAAAUAACUUUUAAUAAUAGGAACGAACAAUGUUCUUAAUAGUAUUCAUUUAUUGUUAAUUAUUUCUUAAUAAGUAUCGUUUGCUGUCUACUG